AUGGACACCAUUCCCAAGGGAACUACACAGGAGGACCUAAACUACAUAAAGGAAAAUGCGGGGUAUGCCUUAGCAAAGUCGUUGCUCUGGACCAUAAAAACGAACACGGAAGAUCCCCUGGCCCUGCUGAGUGCGCACCUCGCCAACGUGGCCUCCUUCAACGCGAAAAAAAAAAAAAAGAAAAAAGUAUUGAUAAAAAAAAUAAACUCGUACAAUAUAAAGAUACGCGAUGAAAUAAAUAAAACCUUUUCCCAAAGCAAGUUAGCGGAUGUAUAUUCAUUGGCAAAAAGUAGUGCAGAGAAGGAUUGGUCAGAAGACUGUGUCCAGUUGCUACAGUUGAUAAAACAAGUUUUCGACGUAAAAAAUGUAUACGUUGGUAGGACAUACCUUACAGGACAUACAAAAAAAAAGAAAAAGAAAAUUAUGCGAUUCAUCCAGACCACUAAAAAUUGCGAUUUACAGAAUUAUACCAUUCGGGACCAACAACGACUGAACAGGAUCUAUACUAAAUCCGGUGGACACAUUAAGGUGGACUAUUCUAUUUACACAAAUAUUUUUCCAUUUGAAACGGGUUUCCUCUUCCCGCAUUUUGUGCAACCCGACUUCUUCUAUGACGAUCCUGGAGACGACCUGUUUACGUGGGUCAACCCACUUCACCAGGGAGGGAACUGCGCGCGCAGAGUGAAAAACGGCAUGGGGCCCUCAGCAGGGGAAAACCACCUGGAGGAGGAAAAUGCAGACGAGGAAGAAGAAGCAGAAGGAGACAACAGCGCCGAAGCAGAUGAUGAAGAGGAGGAUGAGGCGCCUGAGGAGGAAACCGAAGAGGAGCAAGAGCAUCCCCUAACUGACGGACACGGGGAAAGUGGCCACGAGCACACCGCUGAUCCAAGUGAAGAAAAAAAAGCACCAUCGUGCAACGAAGAGGAAGAACUUCAAAUAGAACUACUUAACACUCUACACAUGAACCUGUCCUACGACUGCUUUUACAUUUAUGAAGUAAUGAGAGAAGACAAUUCCUUCCUCUAUUCUAUGAACAAACCAGGAGACCUUCUUUUAAUCCCGCUUGUCUAUUACUCCUACUACAACUGGCACUUCCUGCAUGAGCUGUACUGCCUCCGUGAGAGGGUCUUCCUGCAUUCGACUGCACCCUGUGUGAACCUCGAGACACAUGGGGAAGCAGAUCAAGUUUUAGGGAACCCCGAAGAGGGACAGAAAGAACAGAAAGAAGAAAAGGAAAAAAACGAAGAAAAAAAAGAAGAGGAAGAAACAGCACAGGGACGGACAAGCGGAAAGGAUGCGAAGCCUAAGUUGGACUGGAAAAAAAGCGAGCCAGUGGAAAUGUGCCUCUGCCUAGACAACAGGGGUAGCGUGAACAAAAUGAGCAGAAGGCAGAUAAACGACCUGAUAAACUUCUCCUACUUUUUAAUCACCCGAAUUGUGCGGGGGGAGCGCAAAUGUGUGGAGGAGCAGGUCAACUACAUGAUUAGCUGCGAGCACGGAGAAGAAAAGGAGGCCACCGAUACACUGAGGAGCAAAAUGAAAAGUGAAAAUCACGAACGUAUAAUAAGUGAAUUUAAAAACACCUUAACAGAACAUCCUCUCCUUAACAAGUCCGAAGAUUUAACCAAAUGCAUGUGUCUUUUGCAGUGGACAAAAAAAGAAAUUAGCACACAUCAGCAGAGGAUUCUCCAGAUGAGUAAAAUAAAGGUGGAGUGGAACCAAAACCUCAAAGCGAUUUUACUGAACUGCUACAUCUUGCUGAGUUACGAUUACUCCUUGUUUGGUGCAUCGGAUGAUGUGGAAGACACCCAGUGGGGGCAACUCAUCUUAUGUGUUAAUGCCUUCCUCAUCGAUAAACUGAUGUCGUUUGAUCCGCUGGUCUCCUUCGAAGAAAAACGAACCGAGGAGUUGCUCCAAAUGGACGUGCUGUUGGAUCAAGUUUCCUCAUCAAGAAAGAAAAAUGUACCCCUUCAAAUGGAAAACAUAACUACAUUUGGACUAACCCUCUUAGAUCACUUCAACAAAGUGACGAGGGACAUUUUAAAGGCAAUUAUUAAAGUGAAGGAAGAACAACUUGCCAAUGCUUCAUGA